AUGGACACAAUUGCAAUUUUGGUUUGCUACAAUGGAAAAUGGGUAACCUCAAAGAAGAUGUGCACAUAUGAAGGGGGUGACUCAAAAGGCAUAAUAGUUUCGCGAAACAUCACGUUUAGUGAGCUUUUGGAACGGGUGCAUAGGAUUGUUAAUACAGAGAACAAGGAAGACAAGCUUUGUUUAAAGUUCUCAGUUUCAAUAUCCUCGAAUGAGUGUAAGCGUAUCAAGAUUGAGGACAAUGACAAUGUUAAAUUUUUUAUUAAGUACAUUUGUGACGUAAUUCCUUCGAGCUCCUUUACUGGUCAGCAUAGAAGACAGGGGAGUGACAAAUGUCUUGAAAGCAAUGGUGAUGUACAUGGUGAUUUUGGAACAGAAUAUUUAGACAUGAUUAAUUUUACAAGGGUGGAGGGGGUGCAUAGUGGUGAUAAUGGUACGGAAAUGAAUGGCUUGCAAAUGCACUCAGCCCCUCCUAUUUUGGCCAAUUUGGAGACAUUUUCACAAGUGGGUGUGGUGGGUUUCGGAACAAUGUCUGAACUUUCUAUUCGACAUAAUUGGAGGCAAAUGGGUGAACAAAACGAGCAUAAUUUGGGUAUUGUAAAUGAUGAAGAAGAAGAUAUUGAAAGCGCGUAUUCAUGGAAUAACUGGGAUCCAAAAUUGGAAGUUGGGAAAAUUUUCUCUAGUAAGGAAGCCCUGUCCAACAAGUUACAGUUGGUGGUAGUGAGAGAUCCAUGCCCAUGGCGGCUUCGUGCAUCUAGUUAUGGAGAAAAGAACUUCAUGAUUGUGAAAUAUAAUCCGGUACAUGAAUGUGAUAUGAGUUUUAUACAUGAAAAGCAUCGUCAUGCAAGUGCUAAACUCGUUGGUAAUGCAGUGAAGCGGAAGUUGAAAGAUUCUCACACAAUAUACACACCUAGUGAUAUAAUCAGAGAUGUGAAACAAAACUUUAGUGUCACCAUUAAUUAUUGCAAAGCUUGGAGAUCGAGGGAGUUAGCUCUAAUGUCCACUAGAGGUUUAGUAGAGGAGGCAUAUUCUCUCCUCCCAGCUUAUUGUCACGAAUUAGAGCGUGUGAAUUCUAGCACAAAGACAUACAUCCACACCGAUGAGAACAAUCACUUUUUGUAUUUUUUUAUGGCUGUUGGGGCAUGUAUUAGAGGGUUUCAAUCUUCAAUGCGACCAGUCAUUGCUGUGGAUGCCACGCAUUUAAAAUGUAAGUAUAAGGGUGUCCUCUUUGUUGCCAAUGCAUUUGACGGAAAUUGA